AAGUUGGUUUCUCAUGGUGAAUCGUGUAGUUUUAUUUUUGCUCGAGGACAAUUGUCGUUAUAAAUGCCCAUAACCUACGUUGCAAAAAACUAUGAUCAGUCUGAAUUAGAGAACAAUAGGUUUGGGAAAAAUAAAACAAUAUGGAAGUGCAUGAGAAUGGUGGGUCUCCUAGGCAGAGCCAGAGCCUCUCAGAGUUGCAGAUUGUGACUAUGAUGAGCGUGCCACCCCUCAAGAUGACCGAACCACGAGCAGUUCGCAAAGUUUUGGUGAGUGAGGACAACACAAGGGCCAUUCAUGGAUGCUACCAAGUAGUUAUGUAUUAUGAGAAUUUGAAGGAGAAGGAGCAUGGUUGGUGUCUGGCUGGUUUGAUUGUGGAGUCACUAGCCAGGGUUCUGUUGGAUCACCCUCUACUCGCUGGUCGUCUUCAAAGAAGGGAAGACACCGGUUUCGAAAUUGUGGCCAAUGAUUCUGGCAUUCGACUCUUGGAGGCAUGCUAUCCGACCACCUUGUCACACUUUCUUCACUUGAAUGAAGAACAACACCACCUUGUGUUCUGGAAGGAAAUUGAUACCCAGUAUCCUCAGUUUUCUCCCCUGUUUUAUGUCCAGGUGACCAACUUCGAAUGUGGAGGAUACUCGAUUGGCAUUAGUUGCAGCCUUCUAUUGGCAGAGGUUUUUCUGGUGGAAAAUUUCCUCGGAAAAUGGGCUGAAAUACACAUGAACAUGUCACCCCAACAUGAAGAAAUUCAGACACCGAUAUUUCACCACCCUCGUUUGAAAAAUCCAGAGUCUCUCCCACCCGAUAUAAUAAGCCGCACUCAAAGGCAAAACGGGGUUCAAAGCAUGGUGUUCACAAUCACUACCGAAGAUGCAAACUUUAGCAUGGAACUGUGGAGGGAAUUGGCCAUGCUUUGCGUUAAGGAAGCAGAACAAAAACUAAGCACAAAUUUGGGUUCGGAGUUUUCUUUGGUCGUGAAAGAGUCUUCGGAGGUGGCCAAGGUAGAAAGUUGCUCAAUGAAUGGAUGGAGUGUGGAGGGAAUGAGGGUGAAGCAUGAGAUGAGUGCAAGCAGGUGGGAAGAGUUUGGAGUGUAUGAGGUAGCAUUUUUUGAGGGAAACAAACCUGUGCAAGUUUCUUGCUGGAUUGACUCGGUGAGUGAUGGCUAUGCUAUGGUAGUUCCACUCCCCUACCUCAAGCACAAAAAUGCAUGUGCUGUCAUUGUAGUUUCACCCCCUCUUUCUUCCCUAUGAUUCUAGACCUACAAUGUAUAAGCCUAUUAUUUCUAAUAAAUUUUCUAGGCACCAAGGUUAAGGCCACAAUGUAUUAUAAGGAAUAAUAAAAAGAGUUAUACGUUAUUGCCUAA